GGCAGCUUUACCCCCCCGGGGCUGUGCUUUGCCCUUUGCAUCUCCGCCCUUCUACAUCUCUCUUCUUUGCACGUCCGUCCCGUCCACCUCUUCCCUCCGCAUCCCUCCUCUUCUCAACCCUCCCCUUUGCAUCCCUCCCUUUUCACCUCCCCCUUUGCACCUCUCCCAUUUCCCUCCCUCCCCUUCGCAUCUCUGCCCCUUCCCAUGUCUCUCCCUUUUCCCAGCCCUCCCCUUUGCAUCUCAGCUGCUCGCAUCUCAACCCCUUCGCACCCUCACCCCUUUGCGUCUUCACUCCUUCACUCCCCAAACCCUCUAAGUCUCACUAUUAUUAUAUUAAUUUACUGGGGCACCUUUGACUUUCCCACCUUUUGCUUCGACCCCAUCCCUUCUCCCUCUACAACUCCCUCACCUAUAACAUCUCCGGGCUGUCCCUCACCCUUCUUCUCCCCCAUUCCCAUCCCCACUCCCCAGUCCCGGUGCCGGUCCCGGAGCGGAGCCGGGCUCGCCCGCCCCCCCCGGCUCGGAGCCUCCCGCGAUGCCGCCGCCCGCGGGGCCGCUGCUGCUGUUGGGGCUGGCGCUGGGGCUGGGGGCCGGGGCGGGCGCCGGGGGGGGCUGCCAGCUGCCGGCCGAGUGGCGACCGCUGAGCGAGGGCUGCCGAGCUGAGCUGGCUUCCAUCAUCGUUUACGCGCGGGUGUUGGCUCUUCACCCCGAUCCCUACGGGGCUUACAAUUAUCUGCCCUGGCAACGGGACCCCCCCUCCGGUGCCAGCUCGCAGCACAACCCGGGAGGACUCUUUUAUUCGGCCGAGAUCGAACUGCUGUGCGACCAAGCGUGGGGCAGCAUGCUGGAAGUGCCCGCCGGCUCACGACUCAACCUCACCGGGCUCGGCUACUUCUCCUGUCACUCGCACACCGUCAUGCAGGGCUACGCUUACUUCUUCUUCCUCCGCAUGGAUGAGAAUUACAUCCUCCUGCCACAUGGGGUGAACUUCCAGGAGGCAAUUUUCCCGGACACCCAGGAGAACAGGAGGAUGUUCGCCAGCCUUUUCCAGUUUUCCAACUGCUCACAGGCACAGCAUGCCCUGAGCUUCUCCAGUGACUGGGAGAUCCAGGAAGACAAUCGACUCAUGUGCUCCUCAGUCCAGAAAGCCCUGUUUGAGGAGGAGGACAGAGUGAAGAAGCUGCAGCAGAAGGUGGCAGCGUUGGAGAAACGCAACAAACAGCUGCGAGAUCGGGUGAAGAAAGUCAAGAGGUCUCUCCGGCAAGCUAGGAAAAAUACCAGGCACAUGGAGCUGAUGAACCGAAAGCUCAGUGAGAAACUUGCCUCUGCUGGUGGUCAGAUCCCCUACAUUAACUCUUUAAAGCAGGAGAACUCACAUGCCACCUACCUUAAAGUAUAAUGCAAGGGUAAGAGCUCAGGCCAAUGACAAUGGCAAAUUUUGUCUGUGUUAGAUCAGGAUCUGGCCCUUACACCUUGUCUACACUGCUUCAAACCUUGCAUGGAAAAUGAAUCUGAACUUGCUCUAGACACAGUGCUAGAUUAAACAGGAAUGCAAACUGGAUUUGUCUGGGUAUUGGAGGAACGGCCCAAAACCAAGUCCAUGGUGUUCUGGGUAGACAUAGGGCCAGGUUAUAAUAUAAAGCACAUUGUGCUUCUUGGUCCUCUUCCCCCUGCCUCUGUCAAAAGCCCUGUGGUGGGGUGGGUGUGAUGGAAGUUCUGUCAGGCAUGUGACAUGGGAGCAGCUCUAGGGAUCUGAUGCUAGCUUACCUUUUCUACAUGGACUGGGCAAGCAAGUGGAUGUACAGAGAUGGAUGCUGCAGGAAGGAUGCAGGCAUAAAUGCUCCUUGCUCCAUCAUGAUCCCCUUCAUUGUGCCUUAAGCUUGACUAAAGACUAUAUUCUGUAUAUGAGCACAGGCUAUGUCCAGGACGCAUAGUCAGUUUGGGCCCUUAUUCAAAAUGAAAUGCAAAUGUGCCCAAACUGUCUUAAGAUUGUGUGAAUAUUAAGUAUUUCUUAAUAUUCUGAAGAAGAAAAAAAAAAAAGAAAAGAAAAAUCGAAUACUUUUCAUUUUACCAGGACAUGCCUUAAGAGUCGUGGUAACUCCUUCAGGUGUCUUUAGUGUUGCUCAGCCAAUGGAGCUGGAGAGCUAUCAAUCUGAGUCUGUGUCUAGGACCUAAUCCAGCUCCUACCAUCAGGAACGGAUUUAAGCCUAGAUUUAGUGGGUGCUGGAUCAGGUCUGAUGGACGAUUUCAGAUCCUGUUUUCAAGCAGGUUUAACUUACAGCGUGGACAAGGCUUCAAGUUUUGUAAUCACUGUUUGAGGUAUAAGGGAGGUUGCUGGGCAGCCUCAUUUAGUUAUGUUUAGAUACUGUAGAGAUCACAUCAAUAUCAACGGGGCAUUAAAAACUAAGGUAGUUUAUAUAUGUAUAUAUUCUAAAAUCCUAUAGAAAAUAUUUUUAUUACACAUUUGAUAUAGUCUAAUUUCUUAAAAUAUGAAGCAAAUCCCAUUUCUUGGUUAUCUCAUUAGAAAAGUCCAUCUUGCUCUUUAUUAGACAUCUACAAAACUGAAUUCUGUUGAAGCAUCAUAGGUUAAGGCUCAGCAACCACGACUAAUAUAUUUUUCAGCUAUGUUAAUGUACCAGAGGAUGUCUUUGGUCAUGAUAGUUAAACAACCUUCCUUCAUAACAGGGCAUAAGGAAUAGAAAAUGAAAGAAGAGUUUUUGUGUCUUCUUUCCCUUCUCAAAAUAGUUUUUCUUUCCCCAAGCAUGAGCCUCAGGAGUAGAUAUGUCUCAUGCUUUUCAACAGAGCAGAGAGUCCUUGCUUAGCAUCAGGCAAUACUGACAAUUUACCAGGGCUAAACCUGAUUUAUACAUGAUAGACCAAUCCAGAUUAACUUUAACAUAGAGGAAAGGUCCUCAGAAAUAACAGUGUGGAAACCACUAUGCCGCUCCUAACUCUCCAGGCUUUGCCAGAUCACUGCAUGGUCUCCAUGCUGUUUCUCAGAGAUUAAAAAUAGAGUAUAUCCAGGCUGCAGCCCUGUUGGACUGUGCUUUAACUAUUCCCACAUUUAGGAAAAGCCCAUAUCAGCUUUCAGCCAUGAGCUUCAGUCCAAGCUAAGCUCAGAAGUUAAGACUUGCUUUGGCUUUUAGGAUGCCGCUGAGUUUAAUUACCUUCCAAACUUGCUCCUUUUGGAAAUAGAGUUUUCCCUUCCCCACUCCCCUCUUGAAAUAAUAUUGGCAUUUCUUAAGAUUCUGACUCCUCCAUAAGCUUCAAAGGCUUUGCCUACCAAAUCAGCACAAUUCCAGUUGCUUUAUGCUGUAGUCAGCAAUGCCGUUUCCUGAGAACUACAACUGACAUAAGGCUUCCCUAGAAGCCAUCAAGAGGUUUUAACUCUAAAAUGUAAAUUCAUAGGAAAGUAUCUCAUUUUGUUUGUUUGUUUCUGGUUUCUACACUGCUGUUUGAAUAAGUUAACUGUUUUUUUUCCUGGAAUAGGUAUUAAAAGCUUGUGGGUUCUGUUGUUUGUUAAUAAAAGUAUUCCCCCUGUUAUUCAUUCAUGUUUUAUAAAUGGCUUUAUAAAGCUGAGAAAGCAUAGUUAAUAUACUUAUGUCUUCACUGUUUUUACAGUUUUCCCAAACAUAGUGUUGGAAACAUUCUCAUUUGGCUGAUUACUUUUUUUAAUUGAUGAAAAGACUGACAUUUCCAUCCUAUUUCACUCUAGCUGGAAAAAAAAAAAGAAGUAAACCAUUUUGUUUUCCUUAUCAGUUUUGUGAGAAUUUUGUUGCUUUGUAAAGAAAGCAAAAAGAAAAUCCCUAAAUGCAAAAUCCAAACAUAAAUCAAAAUGUCUCCUUCAAACAGCAAACCAAAGGACGGUGUGCCCUGUGGGAUCUGGAUCAUUUCCAGAGAUAAGAACUGGCAAUCAGAUCAGACCAGAAGAUCACCCUCUCAACAAGUAGUAGGAGAUGCCAAGCCUGAAUAAAAACACCUUCAAGUGUCGCUUUGAUUACCUGCCCCUGAUGGUGACAGUAUGCAGAGUAACCAAGAAGGCUGUACAGGCAGGAAACAUAAGUAUGAAGGAGAAUUCAUGUUAUUUCCACCUAGUUUGGUACAUCACAUAUAGCUUGACAGAGACACUAAUUUUUAGACCCAGUUUUAAGCUGUUUUGUAGCUCGAAACCCACAAAAGAGGCACAAAUUCAUACCAUUUUCCAAAUUACUGCAAAGGGCAUGGUUGAGUAUGUCCAUGUUAAACAGCUACCCAGGUGAUGCUAGUGAGGGGGCAGAAAUGCAGAGCUGGUUGGCAAGCUUAAACAAGGUGCAAAAGGAUGGUAUGGAAACCCAAUAAAACAUCUUGGGUAAUAAAAAUGGACCUCUAAGAUCAUCCAGUCCAGCCAUCAACCCAUCCCCACCAUGCCCACUGACCAUGUCCCUCAGUGCCACAUCCACAUGGUUCUUGAACAUCUCCAGGGACAGUGCCUCCACCUGUUCCAGCUGUGCUCAGGCGAGGAAAACAAUUGGUUAGAAACAACACCACAUGAGGCACACACUCCUCAGAAGUUCAGAGAUGCUCUACAAAUGAGUAACAUUUGCUUUUGCAAAUAUAUCAAUGGCUUGAAAGGUUCCAGAUUCUCAGCAGAGUUGGUGCUGAGGUUUUCAAGGGUCCACAGAGCAAAUGAGUAGCAACAGUAAUGAAGUACAGAAUUACCUGGGUGGUACUGCAUGACUGACAACAAAAAUAAAUGAAACACAAUGCAGGUGAUUUAAAAGGACAAGAAAAAUUUUUGAGUCUUUUCACAUGAAAUGAGAUGCACUAUGUCCAUAUUAAAGAGUCCAUAUUAAAGAGUAUUUAGUGAUACCAGGUUCAGCCAUCCAGUAUCAUUAGAUACAGUCCAUCUGCUGGAUCACCCUUAAAUGAAGAUAGAGAAUUCACACUGCAUCAUUCUAUGAAAACAUUGGCUGAACACUCAAUUGCAAUCAGAAAAGUAGCUGAAGGGGUGGAAAUCCUUAGGAGGAGAGUAAAGGGGAGUGAUGGAUUCACCAUCCCUGGAGAUGUUCCAGUAACAGGUCGAUGUGGCACACUGAUGUACAUGGGCUAGUGGGCAUGGUAGUGGUGGGUUGAUGGUUGGACUAGGUGAUCUCAGUGGUCUUUUGCAGCCUCUUUUAUUCUAUGAUGAGCAACUCAACUUGCCAGGACUGCAAGAAACAGAAGAGAUGAACUGAGAGAGAAGAAUGACAGAAGAUAACAGGCAGAAGAAAUCUUGGUAUUUUCUCCUUGGCAUCAUCAGCACCACCAUGUUGCACUUUUUCAGUCACUGAUUAAAAUUUUGUACUGCUUUGCAUCCAAAAAGCACCUUAUGCUCUUAUAUACCACAA